AUGCCUUCCAGGUUCCCACCUGCCGUGUUCUACACACCCAAAGAGCUCGGUGGUUUGGGUAUGAUUUCGGGUAGUCACAUUCUGAUUCCUGCCAGCGACAAGCGUUGGUCAAAGCAGACCGACACUGGCGUCACCCACUACCGUGCCGGUAUGUCUCACGACGAGGAGACUUUGAUCCCCAACAUCUUCAGAUACAUCAUUCCUUGGGAAGCCGAGUUCGUCGACUCGCAGCGUGUCUGGACCGAGUAUUCACAAAAGCGUCUUGAGGCCCAACAGCAGAAUCGCCGUCUUACUCUUGAGGAUCUCGAGGACAGCUGGGACCGUGGUCUUCCUCGUAUUAACACACUUUUCCAAAAGGACAGAAGCACACUCAGUUUCGACAAGGGUUUCAGAGCUCGUACUGAGUUCAAGAUCUACCAGCAAAUGAAGAGCAAUCCCUUCUGGUGGACAUCUCAGCGUCACGAUGGUAAGCUGUGGAACCUCAACGCAUACAGAACCGAUGUCAUCCAGGCUCUUGGUGGUGUCGAGACCAUUCUCGAGCACACAUUGUUCAAGGCAACUGCCUUCCCCUCAUGGGAAGGUCUCUUCUGGGAACGUGCAAGCGGCUUCGAGGUAAUAUAUAACUCUUGCCUCCCAACUUUGUGA